AUGGGAACAUGGCAGAUUAGGAAAGAGGAGAUUCUACACAAAGUUAUAGACGAAGGCUUGAGAAAGGGAUACAGAUUUAUUGACACUGCACAAGUCUACGGAAACGAAGCGGCAAUCGGAAGAAUCUUGGGGUAUUUGCUUCCACAGCAUAAUCUGAAAAGGGAAGACAUAUGGAUCACUUCCAAACUCGCACCUGCUAAUGCUGGUGCCGCUGCUGCUCGUAAAAGUAUUGAAGAUUCGUUGAAACAUCUACAAGUCGACUACAUUGAUCUGUUGCUUAUUCAUUGGCCUGGCAGUUCAUUGAAAAGUGAAAAUCCCAAAAACAAAAUAUUGAGAGAGGAGAGUUGGAAAAUCAUGGGCGAAAUGAUGAAAGAAGGCAAGCUGAAGUCAAUUGGAGUUUCGAACUUUGAAAUUAGCCACCUCGAAGAACUCAAGAAAGUUUCAAAUGUUGUUCCAGCUGUUGAAUAUCAUCCUCACUUUCAUCAAGAUGACUUGGUCAAGUAUUGCAAUGACAACAACAUUCAUUUCCAAGCAUAUAGCAGUUUGGGCAGCCCAACUUACAGAGAAAAGUUAUCGAAAGAACCUGUUAUCAUAAAACUCGCAGAAAAGUAUGGUGUCAGUGUUCCAGUUAUUCUUCUGGGAUUCGCGUAUUGUCAAGGAAUCAGCAUUCUUCCACGAACCACCAAUCCAGAACAUGUUGUCUGUAAUUAUGAAGUCACCAAGCGUUCGAUUUCUGAAAAUGACAUUUCACUCAUGUUGGCUUUGAAAGUUGAGCAUAAAACUUGCUGGGAUCCUCGCCUCGUUGUGUAA